AUGUUCAAGAAGAAAAGAAAGAGAGCUGGUGCCGUCACUGGUCACGUGGUUGCGAUGCCGCUUCCUCAACUUCCCGCUUUCAACUCCUUCACAUCUCGACUUUCGCGAAGCCCAGCAUCUGGUCCUGCAUUUCACAUCAUGGCAGGCAACUCCCACCACCCGGUUCAUAUCCAUGCGGCCCGACCGCUCUAUCGUUUCACUGCCACUGCCUUGGGCGCCAGCAUGUGGUUCUUCUUGAUGUACCGUGCUAAGAAGGAUGGCCCCGCUCUGCUGGGCUGGAAGCACCCUUGGGAUCACUAG